CGCAAACAGCUGGUUCGACGUUAACAGCUGCACAGUCAAACACCUCGUGGGUGUUCUCUCCCAGACUCAAAAGAACAGAAUUAUGUCCACUUUUCUGCUGGAACCGGUGGAGCGUAUGGCUGACAGUGAAGACAUCUUUGUCAGGGCAAAACAGCGGACUUUCAGCGGACUGACAGAAGAUGUGGAGCGCGAGUGGAUGGGACCAUUUUACUUUAUUCAGGCUGCAGACCCCCAGCUUGGGUUAAUGAAGGCUUGGAAGGAUGGGGAUUGUGACGGCGGAGGGGACGUGUGGGAUGAAGAAGUUGUGCUCACUAAGCAGGCAGUGGAGGCCGUGAAUCAGCUCAGGCCCAGGCCCAGGUUCAUGGUGCUGUGUGGCGAUCUGGUUCAUGCCAUGCCAGACACACCAUUCAGAGAGGGUCAGGAGCGAGACCUGAAGGCGGCACUUAAGGGGACAGAUCCUGCCAUCCCACUGGUGUUUGUCAGUGGCAACCAUGACCUUGGCAACACCCCGACCCCUGGUACAGUGGAGCAGUACUGCAGUGCUUGGGGGGAUGACUAUUUCAGUUUCUGGGUGGGUGGAGUCCUCUGCCUGGUUCUGAACUCCCAGUUGUUCUAUGACAGUUCGGCAUGCCCUGAGCUAAAGGAGGCCCAGGAGACAUGGCUCGAGGAGCAACUGAGCCGCGCCUCCUCCUCUUCAGUGGAACCCAAACCCAAACACCUUCUGGUAUUUCAACACAUUCCUCUGUACCUAAAGAGUCCCGAUGAGGAAGACGACUACUUCAACCUGCAAACAGGAGUCAGGCGACACCUACUGGCCAGGUUCAAGAAGGCAGGUGUGAAAGUGGUCUUCUCUGGUCAUUAUCAUCGCAAUGCUGGCGGCUGCCACGAUGGCCUGGAUAUGGUUGUGAGUUCAGCCAUCGGCUGCCAGCUAGGCAAGGACACCCACGGUGUCAGGGUGGUGGUCGUGACUGCUGAUGAUGUCAUCCAUCGCUACCACAGUCUGGAGCAGUUGAGCACCCAAGGGAUGGACGAGGACCUCAGGAAACUCCUCCAGGCCUGAAGACGGUCGAAGUCAGGCACGCGAACAACACAUUUUUUUAUUUUUAAUACUUUUGAUUGAGCAAAUUUCAGCCCAUUCUCACAGGCGCACACGUAAAGAUUUUGGGUGAUUUUUGGGUGGGACCUGUGAAAAGGAGAAGACAGCACGCAGCAUAAUUUUUCAUUACCGUGCUGGAACAUCACAGGUAAAGCUGGCAAAACUAGCUCCAAAACAUACAUAGCAUUUGUUCCAAGAUCGAAGAACCAGAAUCUUUGGCAGUUAUUACCAGAAUGUGAAAGUAUACCUCCGAUAUACUGACUGGCUUUGAUUGUAAUGCUAACUGCACUAUUGCUAGUUAGCAAAACUAAAUGCAGGCAAUACUGAACCUAAAAAGCACUGCCAAGCCAGACCUCUUACUCAUUCAAAGCAGUAAGUCAUCUACAGUAGGAGUAGCAUCGCGAUCCCUGAAGUCCUGGUGGUGUUAUCGCCCAAUGCCAGACUCCUCCAAGCUCUUAGUGAGAUGAUGAUGAUGAUGAUCAUGCGCACUGAAUUUUACCUUGACACACAAAGUUUUAAAUCAAACUAUAUAACAUUCUUAACUCUUCAGAGGCUCAACCUCCUAGUGACCACAGUUCUGCAUUGAGUCGAGCUGUUCCUUGGCCUGCUAUACCUUCAGUGAUGCAGGUUUAAAAUUAAAAAAAAUAUUAGCAGCAUUAUGGUCAGUGUGCCAAAUAUUAAGAUUUUGAAACACCUUUUUAGGUUUAACUUAAACUUUAGAAUAAAGUAAAUUCAUUGGCGUGUGGUCCGUAUUUUGGUUUUGAGAUCAAGAUGACUGCACAGCAUCCCGCGCUGAGGUUACCUCUUUGGAUUUAACACUGAACUAGGACUUUAUGUUAAUGUCCUAGUCCGGUGUAGGAGUUGACUAAUGGACCAAUCUCCCAAAAACUUAAAUUAAGAUUUAAAUUAAACAGUGCACCUGGUUAAAAAAUUGAUACAGCUAAAGAUGAGACUAAAUGUCAACCACUCAGUAUUAAGUGUGCACUUUAAGUUUCCUCUCUGCUGACUGUUUCAUGUUCGGUGCCGAAUGAAUGAAUGUUGUCCCUGCUCUCACUGUAAAGGUCACUAAAUGUGUUCCAAAACCACAUGCUACCUUUUCGUACAGAGCAGUGUACCUGAAAUAGCUUUAUGUCUUCUAACAGCAGAUCAUAUACGUUGGUGCAGUCAGGAAAGCUCCAAUUAUGCAACCCUUCCCAUCGUUAACAGAAGAAUCCACUUCCUGUUAAAAUGGCUCCUGUGGAUGCUCAUUAUGUUUCAGAGUCCAUUGUUUAUUUUCCCGUUUUCUGCAGGUUAUCAGUUGUUGAAAUGCGCAACAUUUUGGGAUCAAUCUUCUGGGAU